CGGCAACGCCUCUCUCCCCUCUUCUCUCCUCUCUCUCUCUCUAUAUUUCAUCUCCCAAAUAAUCUUUUUUUUUCAUCUCUCUGUUUUAAAACCUCUUUCGAGUUUCUUACCGAUCUCUCCAAGCAGUUUCUGAAGCUUUUCUAACCAUCCAAAUUCUACUCGUUGUGAGAUUCAACACUGAUUCUCUUUGAGCUGUACUCGAGGAAUCGGAAAAUGGCGCCGAGUAAGACGUCGAACAGAGUGAACAAGCGCGUCGUCACCAAAGAAGCCUCUCCAGAAAUAGACAAAGUCAAGCAACGUAAGAAGAAACUGACUGACAAACUGGGACCUCAGUGGACCAAAGCUGAGCUCCAGCAUUUUUAUGAUGCCUAUCGGAAGCAUGGCAGAGACUGGAAAAAGGUAGCUGCUGCCGUCCGGAAUCACCGCUCUGUUGACAUGGUGGAAGCCCUUUUCUCUAUGAAUCGGGCAUAUUUGUCCCUGCCUGAGGGAACUGCGUCCGUAGCUGGCCUCAUUGCAAUGAUGACUGAUCACUACACCGUCAUAGAGGAGAGCGAAAGUGAAGGAGACGGCCACGGUGCUUCUGGAGUAUCGAGGAAAUAUCAGAAGCGCAAACGCGCGAAAGUUCCGUCUAGUGAUAUUCGAGAGGAAGUUAUCUCACCACAUUCAAUUGCACCAACGGAAGGAUGCCUCUCAUUUCUGAAGCUGACACAAGUUUAUGGAAGGGAGCGACGUGCCACUGGUAAACGUACACCUCGGUUUCCUGUACCAAGUGCAGACCAAUGGGAUGACAUAGAAGGUUCAACGCCACUAAAUAAAAGAGCCAAGAAACAACUUGAGGAUGAUGAUGAUAUACUAGCAUCGGCAAAUGCAUCGAGAAGUGUUGGAGGGUCUCCAUAUACAAGACCAGAACUCAAAAACACCACGCCAAAUGUGAAAAUGUCACAAGCAAAGGAAGCUCAGUCCAAGCACCAUGCUAGCUCCAUGUCUGGGAAUGUGGUGAGAAUAAGCCGAGAUAGGAGGCACAUUAAGGGAUCUCCUCCAGAUAGAGAUGGUGCCUUGUUGAUGGAUAUAGAAGGGGUUGGAAACGUGGAGGUUCCCCGGAAGGAGAAAAAUGUCAGAUUUGAAGAAGCAGAAGGAGAUACUUUUGAUGACAGCGGAGAAGCAUGCAACGCCACAAGAGAUGAAUUAGAAGCUCUGCAUGCAUUGGCUGACUUGUCAGCUUUACUGGAAUCAGGAUCAUCUGCACAGUUGAAUGAAGAAAGAGUAGCUAACACUCGACAAACCAUAUUAAGUAGCCAUAACGGAGAGAAACCAAAACAAGCAGGACGAGAACAUAGUGUCCUACAUGUAGUUUCAGAUGCUGAGAAUAGAAAACCGAAGUAUGCGCAGGAGGAACUCGUUGAUGGUAAUGCUGUUCCCAUAGGGGAACUUGACACUUCAAGAAGAAAACGUAAACCGCCACAUAAUAAGGAAUUGUCUGAAGAUGAUAAUUUGAAGACUCCGAGCAACGCCAGACGUGCUGGUCAAGGUCCAGCAAAGCAGCAGAAAACUGCAAAGGCCUCGGAAGAAUCUUGUUCAACUAGUGAUAAGAAAAUAACAGGACGGGAUGCAGUAGUGUCAUCAGAUACACAAGUUUCAGGUUCGGGUCCACCAAACAGGCGUAAGAUUAGUUUGAAGAAGAGUUUACAAGAAAGAAGUAAAUCUGCUGAAACCACUCCUAACAAGUCACAUUGUCACGAACUAGAUCCAGAACAUGAAUUAUUAAAGGAGAAGGUUUCGAAUAGUCUGUCACAUCCAUUGGUACGUCGAAGGUGCAUAUUUGAAUGGUUCUACAGUGCUAUCGACUAUCCGUGGUUUGCAAAGAUGGAGUUCGUUGAUUAUCUAAAUCAUGUGGGUCUUGGUCACGUUCCAAGACUUACACGUCUUGAAUGGAGCGUCAUUAAAAGUUCUCUUGGUAGACCUCGGAGACUCUCUGAUAGAUUCAUACAAGAAGAGCGGGAUAAACUCCAACAAUAUCGUGAAUCUGUGAGAAAUCAUUAUACGGAGCUACGUAGAGGUGCUAGAGAAGUGCUUCCUACAGAUUUGGCACAGCCUUUAUCAGUUGGGGAUAGAGUCAUUGCCAUCCAUCCUAAAACACGGGAAAUUCGUGAUGGCAAGAUUCUUAUUGUGGAUCAUAACAAGUACAACGUUCUGUUUGAUGAAUUGGGAGUCGACGUGGUUAUGGACAUUGAUUGCAUGCCUUUCAAUCCGUUAGAAUACACGCCUGACGGUCUAAGGAGGCAAAUGGAUAACUGCUUGUCAGUAUGCAGAGAGGGACAGCUUAGCAAACACCCAAGCUCUGAUGCAUCUAUUCUGUUCUCUCCUUCUGAGCUUGAAAAUGUCGACUUUAUUAUGAGUCCUCCUACUAUGAAGGAGGAUGAUAGAGACAGGCGAGUCACUACUGAUCAAACAUAUAACACAGUCAAUAGCAAAGAAAGAAGAGCCGAAAUUCAACGAGCUCUGAUGCUGCAGUGUACUUCAGAUGCACAGGAAAUGGAACCAGAAAUGCUUGAAAUUGUAAGUGGUUCAAGGUUAAUAGCACAAGCAAUGGUGGAUGCAGCUAUGAAGGCUGCAUCUUCGGUAAAGGAUGAGGAAAACGCUGGGAAAAUGGUCCAACAAGCUUUAGCCUCAAUGGGCGAGUAUCAUCAGCCAGUAGAUAACUCUGUAGUGUCUAGUAUGAAGCAUCAAGACCAAGCCAAUGGCAGCUUGGAUCAUCAUCAAAGCCGGCCUCCCUUAAACACAGGAGAGCGGGUGACUGAAGAAGGAUUGAUGGGAUCAGGAAAAAACGAAACGCAAAUGGCUUCAGAGCUUAUAAGCUCUUGUGUUUCAACUUGGCUCAUGAUUCAGAAGUGCGCAGAGAAGCAGUAUCCACCAGGUGACGUGGCUCAAGUGAUGGAGACAGCAGUGAGUAGCUUGCAGCCGCGGUGUCCGCAGAACAUGCCGAUCUACAGAGAAAUACAGACUUGUAUGGGAUGGAUCAAGAAUCAAAUCAUGGCUCUUGUCAAAACAUGAAUAUAGCUUUUGAGUUCUUUACAUAAUUAACCUGACAUCUUCAUUUGAAAAAAGAAAAAAGGAUACCAGAUUGUAGAGGUUAGUUUAGUUUAAGUUAAUAAGUUAACAGCUACUUGAUUUAUUCUCUGUAACUAUGAAAGUAUGAAACUGUUCUUUUUCUUUUGUC